AUGGUUCUUCCAGUCCUCAAAAAAGCCGCUCUCUUGGCAGCUGUUGCUGCCUCCAGCGCCAUCGCACAGAAUCACUUCCCUGACUCGACUACCUGCGACGAGACAUGCCAGAACACGACUUUCAACGCUGCUCAAUGGAUCUCGGAGCAACAGUCUGACCCAAAUUUUGAGUUCUAUAAGGCCCCCGCCAAGUUCUCGGCCGAUCUUGGCCCUGGUGUUGUUCUCGAGGCUGAGGAGGUCACGGAUCUGGCCAACUACCUCGUUCCCAGUGGUUUGACCAUGUCUAGAGUCAUCUACACCACGGAGGACAUACAUGGCAAAAUAGUCCCGGCUUCCGCCUAUGUUCUUUGGCCUUACAGUCCCUACUCUGCAAACCCCAACUCGAAGAAGCAGCCCAUGCCCAUGGUUGCUUGGGCCCACGGCACCACAGGCACCUUCAAGCCAUGCGCCCCCAGCAGCUACCGAGCCCUUCAAUAUCACUUCCAGGCUCCGUUUGCUCUGGCCCUCCAGGGAAUUGCGGUUGUCGCCCCCGACUAUGCUGGUCUUGGAGUCUCUGAGCUGCCUAACGGAGACACUAUCCCUCAUCCUUGGGUGACAGCUCCGGCUCACGCUAAUGAUCUUGCCAAUGCUGUAACGGCAGCUCGCUCCGCAUUUUCUGAUUUGCUAGAUCCCAAGGGGCCAUUUGUUGCUAUGGGACAUUCCCAGGGUGGCGGUGCAGCUUGGGCAUUUGCUGAACGACAAGCCAAGAAGCCCCUCAAGGGCUACCAAGGCACCGUCGCCAUCGCCCCCGUGACCAGAAUUAUCGACGACCUUGCCUACUUUGACGACAACGGCAUCGUAGCAGCAGUCACUUUCGGCCAAACUGCGCUCAUCGACUCCGUCAGCAAGAUUUACCCAGAGUACAACUACACCGGACUGACCCCCAAGUCCUACGACCGCUGGCACAACGUUCUGGCCAAGGUUGACGGCUGCUUUCCCCUUCUCCCCUUGGUCUUUGGUGAUCUUAAACCAGAGGAAGUGGCGAAGCCAAAGUGGUACGAGGACGAUAUCCCUAAGAAAUGGGCCAAGGCGGUCGAAGCUGGACGAAAGACAUUCGCUGGGCCUCUUCUUGUCCUAAACGGAGCCAACGAUAGCGUUGUCCGCCAGGAGGGUGUUAAAGCAGCCGUUGAUGACACAUGCAACCUUAUCCAGAAGGCCAAACUCAAAGACAGCAUCGAGCAUGUCACUUACAACGCCAUGGAUCACUUCCCUGUUAUCCAGGCUAGUCAGAUGAAGUGGAUGGGAUGGGUUAAGGAUAGGCUUUCUGGGAAGGCUGUUGAGAAGAAAGGCUGCACUUCAGAGACUGUCCCAGGCUUGAGGACCGAAUCUACUGUGCAGACCUCGACUCCAAACUUUUUCCUGUCCUUUUUCGGUCAGGAUGAGGCUUGGAAGUACGGUCUGUAA